AUGGGGCUGUUCAAGGCUCUCACUCUCCUGGCGCUCACCACAUCAACGGCCUUUGCGAAGCCAUACCCUGUCCACGAUGAGGAGCUCAUGCAACUCCAAAAUGCGACCGAAAUCGACAAGCGCGCUGCCUGUGAUGGUGUGAGCUGUGGUUGGGACGAUUGGCUUUGCUGCCCGUCAGGCUCGACUUGCGUCACUGAUGCUAGCAACCAAGCGCAGUGCGGCUCUGCUGGUGCUGCUGCUACGAGCGGUGGAUGGGUUUACUACACCUCUACUUGGGUCGAGACAGUCGGCGCCGUAACAAAAACCAGCGUUGGCUCUUCUUACGCUGGCGGUGCCACGACGACUGCUGCCUGCGGGAACAGCCAAAGCCCGUGCGGAAGCGUCUGCUGCGACUCUGGGUUCUACUGCAAGGCCUCUGGAACCUGCGCGUUGAUCGCCGGCGGCUCCUCUGGCGGCAUCGUGCCCACCGUGUCAGCAUCUGCGCCUGUCCGUCCCACCUCCUCAACCCUGGUCGUGAUCACAUACACCGGCACGCCCACCGCAACAGUGCCCUUCCAAACCGCCGUGCCCACCGGCGCAAGCGGCUCGCUCACUGAGACCGGCGCCUCCAACGGUCUCUCUGGCGGCGCCAUCGCCGGUAUCGUCAUUGGUGUGCUCCUCGGCAUCUUGCUCCUCCUACUGCUCUGCCUGUUCUGCUGCGCCCGCGCGCUCUUCGACACCCUGCUCGGUAUCCUGGGCAUCGGCGGCAAGAAGCGCAAGCACACCCAUGAAGAGACGACCUACGUCGAGGACCACCACCACUCUGGCAGCGCUGCUGCGGGAGGAAGGUGGUACGGCCAGGGACCUAGCCGUCCCAGUCGCCCGAUGAGCGAGAAGAAGCAUGGGAUGGGCAAGGGUAUGGGCAUGGCGGCUGCGCUGGGUGGGUUGGCGCUUGCACUGGGGUUGAAGAGAAAGCAUGAUCGCAAGGAUGAUAAGAGUACGACUGUUUCUGGGUCGAGCUACUAUUACUCGGACUACACAAGUAGCAGUAAGUUCAUUCCUACUGAUUGCCUGGAAUCAAGUCACUAA